AUGGCAGACCGAGAAGGCCGUGACCACAUCGUCAAGGUUCCCUCGUGGUUCAAAUUCCUCGUCGCCGCCAAAAUCGUCGUCGCGGCCGCCGUCCUCGGCCUCGGUGCAUACGGCGCAACAUUCCAUGAUUGGUUCGGCGGCAAUGGAUACGCCAUUUUCUGCGCAGUCACCAUCUUCCUGACGGAGGGCUACUACCUUGUCUCCACCCUCCUCGUCCCCAAUGCCUACAACUGCUGGGCAUAUCUGGUAUUCUCCGUCUUCCAAGUAAUCUGGUGGCUUGCAUGCUGGGCCGACCUCGCGAUAUGGGCGGCGUCAUACGACAUCACGAUCGGCGGCCUCAACUUGGGCGACGUCAUGGAGUACUCGUAUGACUGCACGCUUGAUGAAGAGACGCUGGAAUGGACAUGCCCGACAAAGUACAACCGCAAGAAGCAUAGGAAUGUCAUUGCGGCUGCGGCGGGAGUUAGCGCGUUGGAAUGGAUUCUGGUGAUUGUCUCGUUGGUGGUUUUUGCCAUUCAUGUUCUUCGCCAUAGGAGAUCGGGUGCUCCAUAUGCCGCAAAUGGCGGAUGGCGCACUACUCCUCAGAAUCCGCGCGGUAUACCCGGUGGGGCAGAGGCGCAGAAUGAGCAAGGAAAGGGACCGAUGCAGCAACCGCAGAUCUACCAGAUGUAUCCUCAACAGCAGGAUGCCUACGCUGGGCAACAACCGGUGUACCAACAGCCCCAGCAGGCAUAUCAGGGCUACGUAGUGUGA